AUGGGCAACACCGCAGCCGCUGCCUCUGCCGCCGCCGCCGCUGCAGCGCCCAGCGAGUUCCACCUGUUCGAGGUCGUCGGCUACUCCCGCGCCAAAGAUUUACCAACUGGCAUGGCAAUAGAGUCUUCCCCAUUCAUGCUGGGCGGUUAUCGUUGGGUUAUCGACAUCUUCCCCAAUGGUAGAGUCCCGGGGGACGCCGAUUUCAUGGCUCUCUCUUUCACUCUCAUCCAGGAUGUCACGCGCCCUCUGAAAGUGCACGCCCUGUUCACUUUCACCGACCAGGUUGCAUACCAAGAUCCUAGAGUUGUUCGUACAAGUCCGAUGACUCACGUGCCCAGCAGAGUCUGCAUCGGCUCCCCCAGGUACAUUGCGAGGGAGGCCUUCGAAAGGUCCAAGCAUCUCAAGAACGAUUGCUUCACUGUCCGGUGGGAACUCAUCAUCGUCGAAGAUGGGCUUCAGCACUAG